GCAACCCACACGAUGAUGAAUUUCCAGUGUACGUGCAGAAUGAUGAAUCGUCAAAGCUCGAGGGUGGCGACACUUUUUCUCUUCUGUACCUGGACUGUGUCAACGUGUCAGACGCGGGGAUUUACACGUGUGUCGCCGUGACACGAAAUUUGAUAGCAACACAAGUGCACAAUGUCACCGUUGGUGAGUUUGAGUUUCAUUUAUUAUUUAACGCUUCCACACUACAAAGCUAAGAAAGGUUUUCAAUUCUACCCAUACACACAUUUGAAAACAAGACAAUGUAUUCAACCCUACCCAUACACACAUUUCAAAACUAGACAAGGUAUUCAACUUUACCCAUAUGCAACAUAUUAAAACUAGGCAAGGUAUUUAACUCUACACAUUUACAACAUUUCUAUAUAAUUUAAAAAGAAAUGAUUGCCAAUCAAUGUAUUAUUGUCAAGAUCAGAAAUUCUCAAAAGCUAAAAUUAAAACAUGCCCUGAUUGAUAUUAUUGUUACCGUGUGUUCUUAUAUAUUUUAGGUCCAUGUCAAAGAUAGAGCAUCAUGGAUUCUAACAUAUUCUGAAAAACAUAGAUAAUAGCAUUCAAUGUAAUCGAAAUAAGAUUGAUAUGAAUUUUGCGAUAAUUUGUACCUGCUAUUGCGCAAACUUAUAACAAUUCAAAGUUAUAAAAAGAAGUAUUUUUUUGUAAUAAUAUUUAGGUUUCUAACAUCAUUUUAAGUUUUAAGAAAUACUUUUCAGCUAAAUAUUAUACACCAAACCUAACCUUUUAAAUUACCACAUCUAAAUGAUCACUAUUUGAAUCAUUUUUUAAAUUAAAGUUGUUCAUUUACGGCUGAUUUCUACGCUGGAGUCAUACUUUAGAUGUCUAGUGUUUUUGAACUGUUAAUUGUUGGGCUUACACUAACACUUUGCUUGACCUUUAACUUAAAAAAAAAUGUUUCUCUAAAAAUUUUGAAAAUUUCAUAUUAAAUUUAGAACAAAAUCGCUCUAUAUCAUAUUAAAUAUAUUUUAUAUUAACGGAAAUUGAAAACUGACCCUCAUCCGCAUGUCCCUUAGUCCUUGGAAAGUUGGGGCGCCACAGAUGACAUGUGAAACAACCUCCUCCAUUCGUCUCUGUCUACAGUACUACACAACGCAUCGCCCAGUGUUAGUCCUGUCCACUCGUUAUCCUCCCAUCUUUUUCUUUGUUAUCUUCUUCUUCUCCCUCUUCUUGUGGUGCCGGCAAUAUUUCUUUGGCAAGCUCUUGUUUCCUUGAUACCAGCUUUCUCCAUUGAUUUCUGUAACUGCCUUCAAAUAUUUUUUAGAGAGAUGUUUUACAUUUUAUAACAUUAAACACCCACUUUACUUUUUGCAAAGCAAAAACAAAAUUAGAGUUCAAUUUUGAAAAGAAAAUCUCAGCCCAUUGCUAUUUAAAAAAAAAAAUUAAAUGUUCCCUUCAUAAAUGGAUUGUUAUAAGAUUAUAUUGUUGUAAGAUUUUUGUAAAGGUACCCAGGAUUUCUUAACGACAUUGAUCUUCAUAAUUGGUAAUCAUACGUUUAUUUGUAAAAAGAGAAGUAAGCAUAUAUUUUUUUUAAAAAGUAUAUUAUCAUUGGAUUUAAAGAUAUUAUCAUCCACAUAAAAAUUUACACGUAUAAUUUCCUCAAUUUAAUAUAUAUGUAAAUAAGAGUGUUAAUAAUUCAUCAAAUUCCUUCGUUUAUUGGGUGAGUUACCUUGUAACAACCCUAAAUAGAUUUCAAUAAAAAUUAUUAAAUUAAUUCAGGGAAUUGUAGCCCCCUACGUACGCAACCACAUAUGUUUUGCACUUCACAUUAUUUGUUGUUAUUUGGAUGAGUGAUAAUUGUAUUAGUUAAUGCUAUGGGGCUAUGGAGUUUCGCUGCACAGAUUUAAUUAAUGGCAUUUUCUUAUUAAAAGUAUAUUUAUGUUUCUAAUUACUUUAUAAAUUUAAUGAAAUGGAUUUUUUGAAUGAAAAAAAUUGUAUUAAAUAAUAUAAAUACAAAGCUAAUUUUCGAUUUUGUUUAAAUAACAAGUUUAAAAGCAAUCAGUUAUAAUUGUUAACUUUACUUGUAAGAAAAGGAAAAUGAAGCAUACGUUUUGUUUUUAUUAAAUCAAAGGACUUUUAGCAAUGGCCAAAAUAGGAAAUUCGCACUAUGACGUCAUUUGCGUGUUUAUCUAGAACUAAGAAUUUUUAAUUUUAUUUAGCAAUAUUUACAACGCACUGAAAAAUCACAAAUAACAGAUGAUUGGGUUUUCCUGAUAAAUAUAAUUACAAUGUACAUGUUAGAUUAUAAUUUUUUUUUAUAUUAAAUAGUUUUUUGUUUUUUAAAAUAACUUUUAAACGGUGAUAAAAUGCUAAAAAUUGUUUCUAUAUUGUUAUAUUUAAUGUAUGUAUAAUUUAUAAUAAUAAUGCUUUAACCGAUGAGGAAUUAUUUAUUUUUUUGCGCAAUGAAAAAUUAUUCGAUUUCCGAAAAAAUAUUGGAAAUCGCUCUAAUUGUUAUAAAAAAUCAAAACGUUUUUCAAUCGAUUCUCUUCUUUUUCCUGGUUUUAUCGUCAGCCUAGUUCAUUCUUAAAUAUAGAAUCAACAUUAUUUAGUAUUCCUAAUUCUUCCCUAGGUCAACAUCCAGUGGUAUGUCCAAUAUGUCGUAAGGACAACCUUGGAGGUAAGCCUUCGCAACUCACAGAUUUCUUUUGCAUACAUUAAUUUUCUUGAUUGAAUUCAGCUGAUCAUUGGGUAGAAGGUUUUGAGAUUAUUCUUUGUUUCAUUUUGUUGUGAACGAAUUCAUAAACGUGUUUGCCUUCAUUUGGUCAGAUCGGCCAGCCAGAAUUUACAUGUGGACCACACAACGAUUGGAAUUCCAACACGUGGUUACCCAGUUGUACUGCCGUGCUGAUGGCACACCUACUCCAACCAUUUCAUGGUUAGAUCGUUAUGGCAGGCCCAUAGUCAGUGGACAAAAUUACACGGUAAACAAUCUUAUUUAUAGAUUUAAAAUCUUUUAAACAAAAUAUAUGAUUAGAAAUCAUAAAUAUGGAGACGGACAUAAGCAUUGUAAGAGUUCAAUUCUUAAACAUAUUUAUUGAUUGACCGUAAUAACACCGAGAUGAUACAUAAGAAGUGAUUUAAAACAUUAGAAGUAACAACACUGAGAGUGCACAGAACAAGUGCUUUAAAACAUUAGAAGUAACAACAUUCAAAGAGCACAGACCAAGUGCUUUAAAACAGUAGAAGUAACAACACUUAGAGUACACGGACCAAGUGCUUUAAAAUCUUAGAAGUAACAACAGUAAGUGGGCACAGACCAAGUGCUUUAAAAUCUUAGAAGUAAUAAGACUCAGUGCGCACAGAUAAAAUGCUUUAGAAUAUUAGAAGUAACAACAAUACGAGUGCCCAGACCAAGUGCUUUAAAACAUUAGAAGUAACAACACUGAGAGUGCCUUAAAAUAUUAAAAUUCAACGUUUUUUAAAUGUAUUUUGCUUUUUUUUUUUCCUUCAGAUUACAUCUGUCGGUGACCUUUUUAUCAGGAAUCCCACCUCGUACAACUUUGGGGCGUAUACUUGUAGAGCAGUUAAUAGAGCAGGCAGCGACUCUCAGUGGAUGUUCUUUUACCCAGUAAGUUCCACUUACCAUCUUCUAGAUGGUGUAGUCAUAACUAAAUAUUACACCAGGUAUCAUGGAUUUGGAUUUACGUUAACGCUUAAUAGCAACAAUAAACAUAGUCGUGUUACCUCAACCACUGAUGUCUCGUAUUUACUUUGACUAAAAUGUGUAUUGCUCCCGCCCCCCCCAAAAAAAACAACGAAAACACACAACUUCUAAUUAAAUAAACGCAUGAUACAUUUCGUAGAUCGAUUUGAGAAAUGCACAAAGCUUAAGGAAAAAUAAAUCUUCUUUUAGAUCCCUCUUUUAACGUAUUUUUUUGUGUGUUCCAGUUAUAACCAGAAUGAAAUUUGCGAGCCUUAUGGCCUUGAUGUCAUCACCAAACUGAAUUCUCAAGGUCAAAGUCUAGUCAGCAACUAGGGUCCGCUUCAAGCUUUCCUUUCUCACAAAUGUCGAAAAUCAUGUGAUGAGGGAG